CACUAGCUAGCUGGAACAUUUCGCUGAUUGAGUUAUAAACUUGUGAUUUUGCAUUUUGCCAAUAUAAAUUGAAAUGUUCCAGCGACUAAAAUAACGAAGAUUCGAAAUGGAAGUAGAACAGACGUCGAUGAGAUCGGACACGAACUCCACCAGCGAGUACUUGGACGCAGAGGGUGAUCCGGAUGCGAUCGAACCGGAGACAAGUCUCUAUCAGGAGGCGGAUUUCGAACAGGAGGCCGAGCAGCAGAACCAUAGUAUUAUCUCCGAGCUAAGGGAUGGUCUGGAUGCCACACGGGACACCAGUGCCCUCAGUCCAGAGCCAGGACAACAUACGAAGGGACUGGCUGCGUCCGCGGAGUCCCUGGCCCUGAGCACCUCCACGAGCGCCAAAACCGAGGAUUCCAUUAGCGGAUUGGAGGAGGAGUACGACUAUCAGCAUGACAGUCUGUGGCGGGGCCAAAAGAAGCACAUCUUCAUUCUCAGCGAGGCGGGCAAACCCAUAUUCUCGCUGCACGGCAAUGAGGACAAGCUGGCCACGCUAUUUGGUGUCAUCCAGGCACUGGUGAGCUUCGUCCAACUGGGCCAGGAUGCCAUCACGUCCAUUCAUGCGGCAGGCAUCAAGUUCGCCUUCAUGCAGCGCAGCUCACUCAUCCUGGUGGCCGCCACCAGGAGCAACAUGAGUGUCCAGCAGCUACAACUGCAACUGGGGGAUGUCUACAAUCAAAUACUGUCCAUCUUGACGUACUCACACAUGACGAAGAUCUUCGAGAAGCGCAAAAACUUCGAUUUGAGGAGACUGCUCUCGGGCAGCGAACGAUUGUUUUACAACCUGCUGGCCAAUGAUAGCAGUAGUGCCAAGGGUAAAGUCCUUAGAAGAAUGCAAAAGAAGAUCUGCUAUGAAUUACCCUAUAUUUUCCUUUUAGUGUCCAACAACAUCUUUACAUUUCUGACCAACUCCAUACUCGUCUUCCCAUUGGCCACAGCGAUACGAUCGCAAAUCACCAGCGCUAUUCAAAGCAACUGCUCGAAGAUCAAGAACCUGGUGUUUGCAGUGCUGAUAGCCAAUAACAAACUCAUAGCUCUGGUGCGCAUGAAGAAGUACUCCAUACAUCCGGCUGAUUUGCGAAUGAUCUUCAAUCUGGUCGAGUGCUCCGAGUCGUUUAAGAGCUCCGAGAACUGGUCACCCAUCUGCCUGCCCAAGUUCGAUAUGAAUGGCUAUCUGCACGCGCAUGUUUCGUAUCUGGCAAAUGAUUGCCAAGCCUGUUUGCUGCUGCUAUCCGUGGACAGAGACGCCUUCUUCACGCUGGCAGAGGCCAAGGCGAAGAUAACGGAAAAGCUGCGGAAAAACCAUUGCCUGGAGGCCAUCAACGAGGAGCUAAAGCAGCCGUUUAAUGCGAAACUCUACCAACAGGUUGUGGGAAUCCCCGAGCUGCGACACUUUCUGUACAAGCCGAAGAGUACGGCGCAAUUGCUGUGCCCCACGCUUAGGCAUCCGUACAAGUCCCUCGUGGAGCUGGAGCGCCUCGAGGCCAUCUACUGCGACCUGUUGCACCGCAUCCACAACGGAUCUCGGCCACUGAAGCUCAUCUACGAGGUGAAGGAGCGCGAGGUGGUGUUGGCCUGGGCCACCGGAACCUACGAACUUUACGCCGUUUUCGAACCGGUCGUGGACAAGGCCACCGUGAUCAAGUACGUGGACAAGCUGAUCAAGUGGAUCGAGAAGGAGUACGAUGUGUACUUUAUACGAAACCAUGCCACAUUCUAAGCGAGCUGUAGUGAGCAUUUCUAGGGAAUUGUGAGAUAUAUGACUAUUUUUAUAUUACUCUUCUGCCAACCAAUCCAGGACAAAGUUGUUGUGCUGCAGUUGUGACGGCGUCUCUUUAACUGAUCCUUGUAUACCAUAAUUACGCAUGUACAUUUGUAAUUUAAUGCUCUAAGUAAAUUCUAAAAACUUA